AAACUUCUAAGAUUAAAUUGUGCUGACGGAUUUCUGAAAUCCUGCCUUAUUGGUUGCCAAUGAAAGGAUUCUAAAUAUGCUGUUGGAACCAAUCUUUCUAGUAUGAAGUAUUUUAAACACGCCAGCACCUGUGACAGCAACUAUUGCGAAUACGCUAGUUGGUAUUUCCAAAUUGCGUUUACGCUGCCAAACCCCCCAGCAGCGGUUGUACAAUUUAAAAUGUCUUUGAGGUUUUUUACAUUUAGUUUACGACGCGUGAUAAACACAAGAGGUAAAUGUGAGGCUAGAAAGUGUAUUUGGUCUCUUGGAGCAAGGCUGGUAGUUCUUCAAAAGUUGAUUUCUGGCUGUUUUGAUUUCUGCCUCAUCACUGACAAAGAAGCUGAAAGUAACGUUGAAAUGAUCGUAGCUUUUUUCAUUCAGUAACACCCCACUUAGGAUAUGGUACAAAGAGCUGAUGUUAUGGCAUUACUUCCAUUUAUCUAGAUCUAUUUAUCUAAAGUUAAUAAACUCAAUCUGGGAGAAUUUGGUAAAGGAGGAUGAAAUAGAUGGAUGCACAGUGUCUGGUUACUGGGUAGGGUGGGGGGGGUUCUUUAGGUGAUAAUGAGACAACAUACACCAAGGUUGCUGUUUUUGUCCACACUCUUCAUGUGUAUCUGUUGCCGGGACGCUUCGUCUGUCCUCUCUCCUUUGCAGCCGGAUCACCACUACUGCAUUUAAAAAUGAGACAACCAACAAUUCACUCAAUGAAUCCAGCUGAGGCCAAUUACACCUCCACCUGCCACAGCCCCCCACCCCCACCCCCUGUCGCCGAGCCAAACCACGCCACCACAAUGGAUAACAUAGUUUUGAGUGCUUAUUUAUAUUCUUUUUGGUUUGCAGCUGAUACGCCGUCCCGGUCUUCUGCCAAAAGUAUCUACUUAAGUCAUUGUGCAAUGUGUGCACUCUGUGCACUGUGGAAAUCAUUUGGAGGAAAUUGUUUUAUGAUGUUGCAGUUGCAUGCUGGGAGACUUUACAGUCCGGGUGUUAUCUGUAUAGAAGCUGCAGAAGGAGGUCACAGUCGGCCCACAGAGACUGAGAGCUGCGGACCCAUCGGGUGGGACAGAGGUAGAAGAUGUUUCCCUGGAGGAGCUCGGCUCUCGCUCUGCUGCUGACUCUGCACUUUGCCACCGGCUCCCGGGCUGCGAUAUGCCAGACGCCUGAAAAUGCAUGUGACUUUGUGUGCGACUGUGACGACUGCAUCGAUGAGCAAGACUGUGGCUACAGCGGCAGAGGGUUCACGUGUGACUUUGAGGCGGCGGGAAUGUGUGGAUGGACUGACCAGUCCUCCAAUGCAGCAGUGUACAGCUGGCAGAGACGUCAGCGAGAAGGGAGCGCGCUGCCCGACAGCGGGCCCACCUCCGACUACUCCACCGGGACGGCUGCAGGAUGGUUCGUGGGGGUGAGCGCUCUGACCGCAGGGUCUCUCAGCACUGCAGUUUUGAUUUCCCCGGAGAUGAAACAGUCCUCGCCAACGUGUCGCCUUCGUCUCAGAUACUUCCUGUGGGACUCAGGUCACACGGGUCUGGGCUCCACGCCCUUGUGGGCGUCCAUCCUUCGCCACGACUCUCGAGAGACCGUCGUGUGGCGUCCCGAGGCCACCAGCGUCCGGGGCUGGAGGGAGGACACAGUCUUUCUGGGCCGCAUUCCCACAGGCUUCCGAAUCCGUCUGCACUCGCGGCGCUCCGCGGGGCAAACGGGAGAUGUGGCGGUGGACCAGCUGGAGUUUCUGGACUGCGCUCUGCCCUUGCCUCUCGAAGGUAAAGAGUGUCCCCCAGGGAUGACGGGGUGUGAGCGGGGGGGCUGCGUGGAGCAGCGACAGAUCUGUGACGGCAGCGACGACUGCGGAGACGGGACUGACGAGAAGACCUGCGAUGGGUGCGAGGUGUGCGACUUCGAGCAGGAUGUUUGUCGUUGGGAUCUGCGAACCUUUUCUAAACUUGAAUGGGUUAGAACCAAUCAGGUGAACAUCUCUGUCACGGAUCCCCUGAUGGGACCAGGCAGGGAUCACUCCAACAACAGUGCUACAGGUCACUUCCUCUAUGUCACUGUCCCUGAUGGUGGUCUGACGAGUGACUGGGCUGUGUUCCAAAGUCCCCGCCUUGAGCCCACCAACAUUACUCAACCUUGCAAGAUGGUGAUGUACACCCACCAAUUUGGGCCGAGGUCCGGCGGUCUUUCGGUGCUGGUUGCAGGUAGAGAGAUCUCCCCGGUGUGGCAGAGGGGCGGAGCUCUGGGCGACGUCUGGGUGAAGGCCCAGGUGGACAUUGUCGCAGACUCCAUUUUCCAAAUCCUAAUAGUGGCAGCAGUCAGGAACUUUGCAUAUGGAGGUAUCGCUGUCGAUAGCAUUGCGUUGUCUCCAGGAUGCCGCUUGUCUUCUGAUGCAGGAAAUGGUACCUGGCCAAGUUUCCCCAAACCUCCUAAAACGCUGUGUGCUGAACCAGACAAGAUGUGUGAUUUCCAUGGAGACUGUGCCGGAGGAGAGGAUGAAGACAAAUGUGGGGAUUUCUCCUCCACUGAGGGCAGCUCCGGUUGGACUGACGCCAGCAUUGGGAGUCAAGGGUGGGUGCUCCACAAAAAUGAAACAGCCAAAGAGGACUACCUGUACGUAUCCGAGGCCCCGGGACAGCAGCUGACCGAGGCCCAGACACGGACCCCCCUCCUCGGCCCCUCCGGCCCCGCCUGCACCCUCAGCUUUGAUUUUGCUUUAACAGGGAAUCUGGAUCACGUUGGUCAUCUGUCCGUCAGGCUGAUUGACAGCUUGCUGGGCAUGCGGCCAAAGCUGUGGGAAUUCAGUGGGAGAACUGGAACCGUGGAGGAGGCGUGGCAACACGUCGACCUGCCUAUCGGUGUGAGAAGAGAUCGCUUCCAGCUGGCCUUUGAAGCUCGUGCCAUGAAACUUCCAGAUGGCAAUAUUAAAGUGCAAAACGUUCACUUUGUCAGCUGUAAUGACAAUUAUUUCCCAUCCUCUCCAACGGGGCUGUCGUGUAACUUUGAAGAUGGACUGUGUGGAUGGUAUCAGGACCACAGUGACGACUUUGACUGGGCGCUGAUGAAUGGGACGGACCACACCAUCGGGAUCGGCAGUAGUCUCGUGGUGGACAUGUGGAGUCCUUCUCUACGCGGUGCGUUCGGGCGCUUGGUUUCUUAUUCACAGCUACCAGUGGCUUCAGAUCACUGCCUGUCCUUCUUCUACAAACUCUACGGGCCAAACGCAGGUACUCUGAAUGUGAAGCUGUUGCUUACCGACGGCUAUGAGGCCGUUCUCUGGACCCGCAGUGCAGCUCAAGGCAACGUGUGGCACGAGGCGCACUGCCCGGUGCCACAUCAGCUCACAAACUUCCAGUUGCUGUUUGAAGCAGUCCGCUCUGGUUUUGACGGGCGCGUGGCCGUCGACGACGUGGCGUUCGUGGAAGGGCCGUGCGCCGCGCCGAGGGUUUGUUCCUUUGAAGGCCAGCGGUGUGGAUACAGCAGCUCCGGCAAAGUCCAGUGGCUCCACCGCAGCGGAAGCACCGUCACGCUAACCGGACCCGAGACUGACCACACCCUGGAGACGGAGCUGGGCUUCUACAUGUUGGUGAACACCGGGAAGAACUUCCUCCCGUCGGGCGGCACAUCAGUCCUCAACUCCCCAGUUCGCCAAGGAAACGGCAGGACUGAGUGCGUUCACUUCUGGUAUCACAUGGGCGGAGCGAAUCCUGGCUCUUUGACGUUGUUUAUGAAGCCGGUGAAGGGCGAAAGGGUGAAAAUCUUCUCCGACAGCCUGGACCAGGGAGAUGUCUGGCGCCAUGGCAACGGCAACAUCUCGAGUGCUCUUAUGGACUGGCAGCUGGAGUUUGAGGUGGUCGGCGCGGGAGGCGUAGACACUCACGUGGCAGUUGAUGACAUCUUCCUUUCAGCUCACCCAUGUGAAGACAGAGGUUCUAAGUGCAGUCUGGAGAGAGGGAUGUGCAGCUGGAGCAACACUCAAAACGCCAACGCAGACAAACUGGACUGGGAGUUGACGAGUCCGGAGGCGGAGAGCCACUACCCCAUCCCGCCUGAGGACCACAGUCUGGGCACAGAGAAAGGUCACUUCCUGUUCUUUCCAAGCAGCAACCGGACAGCAGCCAAUGAAAACGCUCAGUUGCUCAGCCCUCACCUGCCCCCGACUAAGAGCACCUGCCUGAAGUUCUGGGCCUACAAGCCAUAUUCCUCGGACAGCCAGCUGAGGGUGUGGAGGCUGUCUCAAGGUCGUCUCCAUCAGCUGCUGGUCGUGAGUGAACUGGGAGGGCCGUGGAAACGCUUCGACGUCAACAUAACAUCUGAUGAGGAAUACCAGAUUGUCCUCGAGGGGAUCAAAGGCACAUCAGGCGUUGUGGCUCUAGAUGACAUUGAGUACACUGACGGAGUCAACUGCGGCACAAAAGUCACAGAUGGAACCUCGCAGAAGGCAGCCGUGGACGGAGGGGUCGCGGCAGCCGUCAUCGUGGUCCUGCUGCUGAUCGGCACUUUGAUCGGCCUGCUGGUCUUCUACCUGCGUACCAGACAGAUGGUCAAUGCUCCGCCUCCGCCAUGCCCCCCAGCUGGUGAUGGCUUCAGUAAUGAAGUGUAUGAAGGAGACCUCACACAGGAUCGUGUGAUUAUUCCUGUGGUGCAGAACCAUCCCAUGGCCGCUGGGUUCAAUAAUGUCCUUGUCUCUGCUGAUGUCAGAGAGAGGGUGGUGUGAGGUGGGAGGAGUGCGCUGGUCCUGCCACCUAAAGGUGGCCUUGUGAAAAUGGGGCGAUGUCACAGCAGAAGAACUGCUUGCGUCGCCUUUACACCACACACACACACACACACACACACACACACAAACUGAAGAAGGCCAAACCGAUGAAGCUGCCUCAGAUCUGAUGGAGCCCUCGAGGGUCGCAGCUCUCUGCCUGUCGACGGACUGAUGGAAGUCCGAAGGAGAAGGUCGAUGGUGUCGAUGAUGGAUAUUUUCAGUUUCACUAUCAUUGAAUCAGCACUGGGCUUAACCCACCAAUGGUUGCAUGGAGAAUUAGUGUCUGGUUUGGAUAUGUAAGAAAGUAUGAUCUGGGAGCAUGGAGCUAGAAGGUUGUGAGUUAACCAGGCAAGGAGGUCUGAUGGAAGUCACUGUCAAGGUGCAUUUUGGGAGAGGCGCUUGACUCUCAUUAUGGACUAGUUGAAUAUCUGUGUCUCACAAGCCUCCCACUUCGUAGAAAGUUAGAGUGCCACUUUUAAAGCAAAAGAACAAACAAUGACAUUGAACUUUUUGGAAAAAAAAAAGUUGACGUGCAAUGUUUGAAAAUGUUUGUUAGGUGGAUGUAUUCGUUUAAAUAAUUAUAAUUGACCUUUGAUUAAUUGAUUAAAGUUGAGCAUUUAAACCUG